UCAAACAAAAACGUUUUUUGAGAAAGAUGACUUGUGAAAUCUGUGAACAAAGUUGGCUAUUCAAGGAUACUGAAUGAAAGACAACAUGCCUUACAAGGGACACUUAUCUUGAAGGGGUGACACUGUGCUCCUAAACUGAAACACAGGCACUGUAAAAACACUGAUCCUGACAAGAUUUUAGGAACUGCAUCAGAAUGUUUGUUAGUCCCAGAAAAGUUAGAAAAUGCCAUUUUUUGCAGAUAGUUGCCACUUGCUUCAUACUGUGUCUCAUGAUUUUUUGGGGACCAUUUGAUAAUCACAUUGUGAGCCAUAUGAAGUCCUAUUCAUACAGAUACCUCAUAAAUAGCUACCAUUUUGUGAAUGACAGCCUGUCUGUCAACAGGGAUAACUUGGACAGAGUAUCAAGAUACCAGUACUUGAUCAACCACAGAGAGAAAUGUGAGCAGCAGGAUGUCCUUCUCCUGUUGUUUGUGAAGACUUCUCCUGAAAAUCGUCAUCGGAGGGAUGCAAUUAGACAAACUUGGGGUAAUGAGAAGUAUGUUCGCUUGCAACUUAAUGCCAAUAUUAAAACUCUCUUUGCUUUAGGACGACCAACAGAUCUGCAGCAAACACGGCUGCAAAGAGAACUUCAUCUUGAAGACCAGAAAUACAGUGAUUUGAUUCAGCAAGACUUCUUGGAUACUUUUCACAAUCUUACUCUUAAAUUGCUUUUGCAGUUUAGCUGGGUGAAUGCCUACUGUCCUCAUGCCAGGUUCAUUAUGUCUGCAGAUGAUGAUAUAUUCAUCCAUAUGCCAAAUCUUGUUGCCUAUCUCCAAAGUCUAGCACAAAUGGGUGUUCAGGAUCUCUGGAUUGGUCGUGUCCAUCGUGGAUCCCCUCCGGUACGAGACAAGAGUAGCAAAUACUACGUUCCAUACGAAAUGUACCAGUGGCCCUCUUAUCCUGACUACACAGCUGGAGCUGCAUAUGUGGUAUCAAAUGAUGUAGCAGCUAAAGUAUAUGAGGCUUCAUUGACUCUCAAUACAAGUCUUUAUAUAGAUGAUGUUUUCAUGGGUCUCUGUGCCAAUAAAAUGGGACUUGUACCACAAUACCAUGUAUUUUUUUCUGGGGAAGGAAAGGCUCCAUAUCAUCCUUGCAUUUAUAACAAAAUGAUGACAUCUCAUGGACAUGUGGAUGAUCUUCACCAGCUCUGGAAGCAGGCUACAGAUCCCAAAGUUAAAAGAAUGGCUUCAGGAAUUUGGGGUAGAAUAUACUGCAGACUUAUCAAUAUUAUGCUUCUCUGUAAACUAUACUAUGAGGACACAUAUCCUUGUUCAGCUGCAUUUUCUUAA